AUGAACCCACAGAUAUUCCUGAUCGGAGCCACUGGCCGAACCGGCAGACUUGUCCUCGAAGAAGCCAUGACCAGAGACGUUCACGUCGUCAUCGGAGACCCAUGUAACGCAGGCGACAUCGAAAAGGCCCUGCGAAGCACCAUGCCCAACGUCCCCGUAGUAAUCAUCAGCACGCUGGGCCAGACUCGAACCUCAGGAAAUCCAUGGGCGGCACCAACCUCGCCAGCACGAUUCAUGGACACAUCGGCCAAGGCUGUACUUGCCGCGGCGACCAAGGUGGUCGAAGAAGGCUCAGUGCAAAUCGACAAAUUCGUCAUCAUGUCCAUGUUUGGUAUUGCCGAUUCGUUCAAGAACCUCAAUGUCCUCGUGCGCUGGACGAUGCGCCAUUCCAACAUGGUCCAGACCAUUGAGGACCAGACACUGGUCGACAAGACCGUCAGAAGAGGCCACUUGCCUUUUGUGCUCGUCAGGCCGGCACUGCUGACAGACGGAGACGCUGCGCCCGCCAAGGUUUACCACAGUUCAGCGGAGGGGGUGGGAUUCAUGCCGAAAGUGAGCGCGAAGACUGUGGCGAAGUUCUUGAUGGACGCUGCGGCGAGGGGAGACUGGGAUGGGACAGCUCCUGUCAUUACGAACUGA